AUGAACUUCUUCAAUCGUCAGAAGACUAGGACACCCGCGGAGACGGUGAAAAGCUUAAAGGAUAAUAUUUUGAGAUUAGAUCAGUCAGCAGCAGGGGAAGGAAGGAAAAGAAUCAACGAAGAAAUCUCUCGUCUGCUAGCCUCGACAAAAAACUCAUUGUUGGGCGAGGGAGAAUCCGAACCAUCACCCGAUGUCAUAGCUCAAAUAGCGAAUGAAGUGUAUGCCCAGGACUUGCUGAGUUUGAUGGUGAUACAUCUAGGGAAAUUUGACUUCGAGGCUCGAAAGGAUGUUUGCCAUAUCUAUAAUACCCUCCUCCGUCGUCAACUUGGCACGAGAUCGCCCACGGUGGAUAUCAUAGCCACUCGACCUGAUAUCAUCUUCAACACCUUGAAAGGUUAUGCGAAUGCUGACAUCGCUCUGAAUACGGGUAUGAUACUGAAGGAAAUGCUGAGGUAUGAACCUCUUGCUAGGAUAUUGCUGUAUUCUGAACAGUUCUACACCUUCCCUAACUAUAUCGAGAACACGACUUUUGGUAUAUCGACCGAUGCUUUUGCGUGUAUGAAGGAAACACUCACUCGGCACAAGCCUAUGGUAGCGCAGUAUCUCGAUGCCAAUUAUGACCGAUUCUUCAACAUGUACACCACUCUUAUUCUCUCCGCCAACUAUGUGACCAAACGACAAUCCCUCAAAUUACUCGGUGAAAUUCUCCUGGAUCGAGCCAACUAUUCGAUCAUGACCAGAUAUAUCGCUUCCGAAGCGAACCUGAAGAUGAUGAUGAACUUCCUGAGGGACAAGAGUAGGAAUAUCCAGUUCGAAGCUUUCCACGUGUUCAAGGUUUUCGUUGCGAACCCCAAUAAGCCUGCUCAGAUUGCGGCUAUAUUGAGACGAAAUAAGGACAAACUGUUGGUAUUCUUGAAGGAAUUCCAUAAUGAUAAAGACGACGAACAAUUCAAUGACGAGAAGCAGUUCCUCAUCGCUCAAAUCCAACAAUUAUAA